AUGGAGACACCUCCUUCUCUGCCAACCUUUGAGAUCAAGGUUGCUCUCAUUGGCGGAAAUGUGCAGGCUUCGGACAAGACUACCUUGUUGAAUGUCCUUCUUCGUGACAAGUCGGGUGAGGAGGUAUCCACGACAAUGACAUCGGACACUACUGGCGUCAAUGAGUUUGCAGUAGUGUCCAGUCCAACAAGUCAAUGGGAAUUGGUGCCGGAGGACGAGCCACCCGUGUCGUUCAAGCGUAAAGUUGUAGUGGAAAGCAUCAUCAUCACCAGCAACAACAACAACAACAACAAAGAAGAAGAAGUGACCACCAAGCGAUUUGAAGUAGAACCGGAGGAACGGUUUUUCGAAAUGCGCAAGGACACGCAAUUGGUACUUGUGAACGUUCCAAGUAGUAUCCAUGAAGAAGGAGAAGAAGAAGAAGCUGAUGCUAACAAGAAAUACAUGGACUAUAUCGAAAACAACUGGUCCACAUUCGAUUGCAUUGUGGUAUUCAUGGAUACCCAAGACGACAUCAAGGAACAAGUGUCGCCGCUGUUGCAACUCGUAAAAGACAACAUCGAUUUGCAACAGGACCUUCCAGUGAUUGUUCUGUUCAACCAAAAGGUUGUUGAUGAUGAUUAUGAUUUUGAUGAGUAUGAUGAUCUGGCAGAACAAGAACACAUCAAGCAAGUCGAGGAGUUGGUUCGAAAGGAAGUGGAGAAGAUCUUUGGUGUCACAGCAGAUCGUAGUCAGGAAAACUUCGAUACCAUCCUGGAUACCUAUGACAUGUUGCAGAAUAAUGGUGGAGACCUACAAGUUUCUCACUUUGGAGAAGAAGAUAAGCCUAAGCCAUCGUGGGCAAAGACUUCGCCUUUUUUCAUUCCAGUCACUGGUUUUGUUGAAGACAGUGCUAAUAUUGACACGCUCUUGAAGGCCUUGUCCUUUGUCCUCGGUGGAGAGGACAACCAAAAGAGAAUCAUCGAAGAACGGAUCCAACUGUUGUUAUCCAGAAUUACCUAUGAAGCUGGUUUUGUCCAGCAACUCGAGAUGUUUCACAAACAGUUGGUCUCGCUCGCUUCUUCUGACAAGGUGGUGGCGGUGGAUGUCCGACCAGCCUUUUGGCAAUUGUGCAGCGCACUGGAACAGAGUUACUUUGAUGACUCUUCUUCGUGUUCUUGCAAAGAAUCCAAAACGACCACAACGACGGAGGUAUUUGCCCGCCUCUGUCAGGAAUGCCACGAGUAUCGACGCUUUGUCAUGGAACAAGAAUGGGACACCGAGGCCACCCGCGUGGUGGCGGCCGCCCGGUCCAGCUGCUGUCGAUUCUUUGCGUCCAUGAAGUGGCAUUUUGGCUUUUGUGCUGAUUUGAAACUCAUGUACCACCAGCUCCAACAAGUUUCGCCUCACGCCAUUGACGUGGGCACCAAAAAGGCAUUGAAUGAUACCUUUCAUCGAUUGAUUUCCGAUCUCUGGCGCCAGACACUGGUCGUGGUCAAAUAUUCGGACACUCUCAAGUUCCUGUCCGCUUUGGUGGAUGAAAUCAUGGAAUACGAUAAGCUGGUCCACGAGGCUGGUUUGAAAUUUGUGAGGAGCUACAUGGAAGAGACCUUUGGAUACUUUUUGCGCCACCAUUUGCAGACACUCUGUCAAAAGGCUUCAGAUGGUUUGCUGUACUACUCGUACAUGGAUCCCAACAUUCCGCAGGGCUCCUUUGCGUCUCUUACACCGAUGGAUUGGAAUCGAGUCUUUCGUUCCAUUCUCCUGCUUCGGUACGAUGCACAUUUUUGCCAAGAAUUUGGUAACGAGAUUGUCUGGAUGGAAUAUUUGAUUGAUCAGGCCAAUAGUGCCAUUGUCCCCGAUAUGACGGGACAGGCUCGACUCAAGCCAGUGGCCCACAAUCAGAGGCAAAUGUUUAUGAAGCCAGCGACCACAAAUGCAACCGCAAAUGCUGGGUUGGGAUUAUUAUUGCCCUCGAAUGGUUUCAAUUUGAGUCAAACCGUCUUGGAAAUUCCUCCCUCCUUUUCGGAUCCCAAUCAUUUUGCUCAUGUCGCUUGGAGAUACUGUGCCUUUCUGGAGGGCCGGCAUGUGUAA